CCCGCGCAGACCCCGAGCGCGGCCGCGGACGAAGAUGGCGACCGCCAUGUACUUGGAGCACUAUCUGGACAGUAUCGAGAACCUUCCCUGCGAACUUCAGAGGAACUUCCAGCUGAUGCGAGAGCUGGACCAGAGGACGGAAGAUAAGAAAGCAGAGAUUGACAUCCUGGCUGCAGAGUACAUCUCCACGGUGAAGACGCUGUCUCCAGACCAGCGCGUGGAGCGUCUGCAGAAGAUCCAGAACGCCUACAGCAAGUGCAAGGAAUACAGUGACGACAAAGUGCAGCUGGCUAUGCAGACCUACGAGAUGGUGGAUAAACACAUUCGAAGGCUUGACGCAGACCUGGCGCGCUUUGAGGCAGAUCUGAAGGACAAGAUGGAGGGCAGUGAUUUUGAAAGCUCCGGAGGGCGAGGGUUAAAAAAAGGCCGGGGUCAGAAGGAAAAAAGAGGGUCCCGGGGCCGAGGCAGGAGGACAUCAGAGGAAGAUACACCAAAGAAAAAGAAGCAUAAAGGAGGGUCUGAGUUCACUGACACCAUCCUGUCCGUGCACCCCUCCGACGUGCUGGACAUGCCCGUGGACCCGAAUGAACCCACGUACUGCCUGUGCCACCAGGUCUCCUACGGGGAGAUGAUCGGCUGUGACAAUCCAGACUGUCCGAUUGAGUGGUUUCACUUUGCCUGCGGGGACGUCACCCCGAAACCCAAAGGAAAAUGGUUCUGUCCGCGGUGUGUCCAGGAAAAGAGGAAGAAGAAGUAGGAGGAGCUGUGUGCCCGGAUCCGAGGAGCAAGUUAUAAAUCUAUUCCUUCGUUCAUGUUGCAAUAUUUCCCUUCGUUUUAAAACUACCUUGUUCGGUUGAUACUUAGUAACUCAGUGGCCAGUUGAAAUGCUGGAUGUUUCCUAGAACAAGAACCCACCAAACCCUGUUCGCACAGAAGGGCGACCUUGCGGGGACUCGCCGCCGCGACGUGAGUGUGGCUUUUACAGGACUUCCCCCGAGCGUCAGCAGGGAGCCCCGGCGGACGUGGGCGGGCGCUCUGAGCUCGGGCUGCCCGGCCAGGCGUGCGGGUGGAGACGUGGUAACCUGGUCCACGGCAACCUGGUCCACGGCCGCCGCUCUGCAGCGUGCAGCGCCACCAUCGCAUAGCUUUCCUGUGGUUUUCUAGGACUGUUUGGUACAGCCCGGGCUCCACGUGCCCCAACCGCUGGAGCACACCUGCCACUGAGAGGCGCGUGUGGGGCCAUCGCCGUGGCGGCUGGCUGCCCUCCUCACACUCAGCUCCGUGCUGCAUCCGGCCACCAUGCACUCCUGCGUGGGGCGCCUGACAGGCCCAGGAGGGCUGGGGGCUCUUCCCGGGAGGAAGUGGCCUCCGCCUCACUGUGUGCUGCCUUUUUAGCUUGGACUUCAGUCCUCCCUCGGGGGAUUCACCUCUGGAGUAAACGGCUCUUCAUUAGCUUGGAGUAGCUGUGGGUCCUGUGACCAGUGCCCACGAGACCCUGUGCAACAGCUGGGCUGAUGUUCCGUUUCUCUGGGAAUUGGUGACGUUUUUACUGUGAAGAUGAAAUUAUCGUAAUAGCAUGAAGAUCGUGGGUCUGUGUGUCUGUGAAGUGAGUCCCGUCUGCCAGGAGCUGACGAACCACGGAUACGUCUGCCUGUGCUGUGCAUUCUCAGGCCCGCGGCUCCCGUUCAAGGGGACUCCGAUGUGAAUUUGUUGUGAAUUUAUUGUGCCACAAUAGCAGUUCUGGAAUGAAGCUAGGAAACUCGAGUGUGCUUUUUGUUUAAUUAGUGUUCACCAAGCUGAGCCGGAGCCAUCCUUUCGGUGGUAGUUGGGGAAGGCUGUGCAGAUUUGCUCUGCUGUGAUGCAUUGGUGACGGUACCCAGCCUGCGGUUCCUGACAGCAUCGCAGGCUCUCGGAAAUCCUCUCCUGUGCCUUUAGAGGAAGGAGAGGAUUCCUGAGGAAUGCAGGGAAGCCUGUUUCUGUCCUCACACCACAGAAAGAAACCUGAGGGAAAACUGAGACGUGAGGUUCCCAAUUUAAGAAAAGCCUGGUUUUCUUCAUGGUGGGGGGCCAUUUGGAAUGACAGUCUCACUUCCUUCUGAUGGCUACAGCUAUAUCUUUUCCUCCUGUGUUUAAUGUUUCACUAGGGAGAGGAAAUAAAGCAGAAGGAACGUGUGAA